AUGUCGGAUAUUGAUAUGUCGAGACGCAACAAGAAGCCGAGAUUAUUGCUCGAGUCUGAGCGGGCGCGACUGGAGGAAUUCAUUGACAGUAUUGGGUAUUCGGCGAGAUACUCGGACAGCGAGUUUGAAUACCGUCAUGUGCAACUCCCAAAGGCCAUGUUAAAGGUUAUCCCCCGAGACUAUUUCGACGACUCGAAGGGCACUUUGAAGUUGCUAUGGGAAGAAGAAUGGAGAGGAUUGGGGAUCACACAGAGCCUAGGAUGGGAGCACUACGAAGUCCACGAGCCAGAACCACAUAUCUUGCUGUUCAAGCGACCGAUUGGAUACCAGCCUCCUGCUCAUUGA